CAUCCCUACGGCCCCAGCCCAGCAGGCGGGUGGCUCGGCUUUCUUCUUCUUCCUAUCGCUGCCAAGCUGCCAAGGUCGGAGGACUAUUAAUGGCGGCGUAGCAUGACUCACCUGCCCUCCGUCCCCUGCCCCAUGCACGGCCUCUUCCGAAGAGCAGGCUUAAAUGCUCCCGAUCCAAUGCCCCAUUAUUACCACGACGACCACUCCACUAGCCAUUAGCAGCAAGCUGAGCUCCAAUCUCCAAGGAUAAAUACGCAGCUCAUGUGCUUCAGCUUCUCCCAUAGCUAGUUACAGUACCAUUCUCGCUGUUCCUUGGUACGCCUGAAUGGCGACGACACGGCGGCGUGGGGCGGCGGUUGCCGUGGCGAGCCUUCUGGUAGUGAUCAUCAGCUGCGUGCUGGCUGGAGGUGCUGUCGCUGCCGGCGCCGGCGUGGAGGAGUGCGAGGAGAGAGCGCGCAGCGACCGCGUCGAGGCGCUGCCGGGGCAGCCGCAGGUGGCGUUCGCGCAGUACUCCGGUUACGUGACGGUGAACGAGGAGCGCGGCCGCGCGCUCUUCUACUGGCUCACCGAGGCCGCCGGCGACGCGGCCAGCAAGCCCCUUGUCCUUUGGCUCAACGGAGGUCCUGGAUGCUCGUCGGUGGCGUAUGGAGCAUCCGAAGAGAUAGGUCCGUUCCGGAUUAAACCAAACGGGACAGGGCUCUUUCUGAACAAAUACUCAUGGAAUAGAGAAGCAAACCUUCUCUUCCUCGAAUCGCCUGCCGGAGUCGGCUUCUCCUACACGAACACCACCUCGGAUCUCAAGACAUCGGGCGAUGAGCGAACGGCUCAAGAUGCAUUGCAGUUCUUGAUCAAUUUGAUGGCACGGUUCCCGCAGUAUCGACACAGGGACUUCUACAUAGCUGGAGAAAGCUACGCUGGUCACUACGUCCCCCAAUUGGCAAGGAAGAUUGUUGAGUACAACAAGGCUUCACCAUACCCCUUUAUCAACCUGAAGGGAAUCAUUGUAGGCAACGCAGUCACUGACAACUACUAUGACAACAUCGGCACGGUCACCUACUGGUGGACGCACGCCAUGAUCUCCGACCGCACCUACAAGGCCAUCCUCGAGUCCUGCAACUUCACCAGCGCCAACGUCUCGCGCACCUGCAGCCGCGCCAUGAACUACGCCAUGAACCACGAGUUCGGGGACAUCGACCAGUACAGCAUCUACACGCCGUCCUGCGCCGCGGCCGCGGCCAACGCCACCGUGCUGAGGUUCAAGGACACCCUCAUCCGCCGGCGGUCCUUCGGCUACGACCCAUGCACGGAGACGUACGCCGAGAAGUACUACAACAGGAUGGACGUGCAGAAGGCAAUGCAUGCAAACACCACGGGGAUUCCCUACAGAUGGACUGCCUGCAGUGAUGUGCUCAUCAAGACAUGGCAAGAUUCUGAGUUCUCCAUGCUGCCGACAUACAAGAUGCUGAUGAAUGCUGGGCUUAGGAUAUGGGUGUUCAGUGGCGAUACGGAUUCGGUAGUCCCGGUUACGGCUACCAGGUUCGCCAUCAGCCAUCUUGGAUUGAAGAUUAAGAUUCGCUGGUACCCAUGGUACUCAGGAGGACAGGUAGGAGGAUGGUCUGAGGUGUAUGAAGGGCUCACAUUCGCUUCGGUGAGAGGUGCAGGGCAUGAGGUGCCAUUGUUUCAGCCCAGGAGGGCGUUCAGGAUGUUCAAGUCGUUCUUGGCUGGGGAGCCAUUGCCCAAAACCUGAAGGUUCCUGGCAUGAGCUGAUGUGUACCUCAUGUCUAGCUACAAGUCUGAAGAAUAUGUAAAAGAUGAUGAGAAGGUGAUGGGGAGUGUUUGCAAGUAGAAAAUAGGCGUGCAGUUCAUAGCUGAGGAGUGGAUUGAUUGGUGUUGGGGAAAAGGAUGAUAACAGAAUAAGGAUGGUUAUGCCAUGGAAAUCAUGAGCAUUGCGAUGAUGA